GAGAUGUCGACUGUCGAGUUUGUUGUAGAAAAAAAUAAUUAAUUUGUCGACGUUUUUCAGUUUUUAAUUAUGUGAAUAAUAAGAUGAAAGUGUAAAUAAAUAUUAAAUUAGUGCACGCUAGUUAUUAUGGCGCAUAGUGGUGGUGUGUUGAGUUCGGAUAUAUCGCGCAGAAACCCCCAAGAUGAGUACGAACUCAUACAGAGAAUUGGCUCAGGGACCUAUGGGGAUGUGUACAAGGCGAAGCGCCUCAACGGCAACAACGAGCUGGCCGCCAUCAAGGUGAUCAAGCUGGAGCCGGGUGAUGACUUCGGCAUCAUCCAGCAGGAGAUCCUGAUGAUGAGGGACUGCAGACAUCCCAACGUGGUCGCCUACUACGGCAGCUACCUGCGCCGCGACAAGCUGUGGAUCUCCAUGGAGUACUGCGGCGGGGGCAGCUUGCAGGACAUCUACCACGUGACGGGUCCGCUGACGGAGCUCCAGAUCGCGUACAUGUGCCGGGAGACGCUCACGGGGCUGAGCUACCUGCAUAGCAUGGGGAAGAUGCACAGGGACAUUAAAGGUGCGAACAUCCUACUGACCGAGUGUGGUGACGUCAAGUUGGCUGACUUCGGCGUGUCAGCUCAGAUCACGGCUACCAUCAACAAGAGGAAGUCCUUUAUUGGGACUCCGUAUUGGAUGGCGCCAGAGGUGGCAGCAGUGGAGAGGAAGGGUGGCUACAACCAGCUGUGUGACAUAUGGGCGUGCGGUAUCACAGCUAUAGAGCUAGCGGAACUCCAACCGCCAAUGUUCGAGCUGCACCCCAUGAGGGUUCUCUUCCUCAUGUCAAAAUCGGGCUUCAAGCCGCCGUCACUCCGUGACAAGGAGCGCUGGUCGCCGCUGUUCCACGCGUUCCUCAAGUUGGCGCUGACCAAGAACCCCAAGAAGCGGCCGACGGCUGAUAAGCUGCUGCAGCACGCGUUCUUCCAACAAGACAUGAACAAGCGUCUGGCGGUGGACCUGCUCCACAAGUACUCCAACCCGCCCACACACUGCGCCGCUGAUGAUGAUGAAACGGGUGUAUCUGACGUGCCUCAGCGCAUCGCGUCCCGGCACACGGGGCGCGGUCGCCGCGUCGUCGGCGACCGCCCCGCCGCCGCCCCCCGCCCGCGCUCGCUACACACGCACGCCGACCCGCGCCUUAUGGAAGAGACGCGCGAGUGCCGCCGCCCCGGCGCGUACGAUGACUCGCCGAUCAUCGACCUGGACGCCGACGACGACCUGACAUCCGGCUCGAAGGUCAUCUCGUUCGCCGAGGUCGAAGGUCGCGGGGACACGGUGAAGCGGAACGUGUACUCCCGUCAAGCGUCGGAGCCGUGGAGCGUCUCAUCACUCAUGACGUGCCCCAAACACAACCCCAACGAUCUCACAGACACCGGCACCACUGAGAAAGCGUGGUGUCGGGUGGUAACCGGCGACGACAUAUUGCGUAUGAGUCUGAGGAGCCUCUUGCAAUAUAUUGACGAAGAGCUAAUGCUAAGGGCGACGCUACCUCUGACAGCUGAGAACGCUGCCCACUCCCAAAACUCAGCGUUGGCUAUGCACGACCAACAUUUAAGCCAAUGCAUACAACUAAAGCAGAACUUCUUAAACACAUCGUCUACAAACAUAUACCAAAGCAUCACAUCUAACUACCAACCUGCCGUAUCUAAUUCUACAGUUUCGAUCGACGAUCCGCUCUGUCGAAAGCUCGACGAACGGGAUCUUCUCUUCGUCGAUCACGAUGACGAAAAACGAAAUACAAAUUGCGAAUGCGGCUUAUGUCCGAAACCGGAAGUCAAAGAUAAUAACACUCUAAGUGAUCUACAGAGAUCUGUAGCUAACUCCUGUUCGUGCGACGCGUGCAACUCUAACGGUGAUAUCCUAAGCUACUACAGACAUUGUAUAAACCAGAAUUCAGAUACAGGUAUAAUAUAUUGUGAUACGUGCAAGAAGCAAAAGAUAUCUGUAUCCAAUUUUAGGGCGCUCCAAAUAGCUAACAGACUACGUAUAGACGAUGAAAAAGUAGAAAAUGGCGAUCUAGAAGAUGAUAUAUGUAGGAAAAUAGACAUGAGUCUGGAUAUGGACGAGGAUAGAGAUAAGAGCGAGAGAAAGAGAAAGCAUGAGAACAAUACGGGUAUAGAUUUGAAUCAGUUCUGUCAGUGUGAAUUGGAGAAGAGGAAGACAUCGUCGGUCGAUGAAAUAUUCAAGAUGGUGGAGGAUAAGGAUGCGCCGAAGGAGUUGGAUGUGGAUGAGGCUAAGACUAGUCAGAGGCAGAGGAGCUUGUCGGAUAGUCAGAGGGAUAAAGCGAAGGUUGAAAGUGAUGCGCUAACCACGCCCCCCGUGCCGCCGCGGCGGUCUCGCGGGCGGCGCGCGCGGACCCCGCCCCGCCCCGCCCCCAACGGGUUACCGCCCACACCCAAAGUGCAUAUGGGAGCGUGCUUCUCUAAGGUUUUCAACGGCUGCCCGCUUCGGAUAAACUGCACGGCGUCCUGGAUACACCCCGAUACGAGAGACCAACACAUACUAAUAGGCGCUGAGGAGGGCAUCUACACUCUCAACCUGAACGAGCUACACGAGACAGCCAUGGACCAGCUCUGUCCGCGCCGCACCGUGUGGAUGCACGUCAUCAAAGACGUGCUCAUGUCUCUCUCUGGCAAAACCCCCUGCCUCUACCGUCACGAGCUACUAGUGUUAUCCGGCAGCGGUCGCGGCGGGCGCGGGGGCCGGUCGCUCCGCGUGCUACCGCCCCGCCUCCUGCCGAGACGACUGGCGCCGACCACGAGAGUGCCGGAUACUAGAGGUUGCACGCGGUGCGCGGUCGCUCGCAACCCGUACAACGGCUACAAGUACCUGUGCGGCGCGACGCCGGCCGGCCUCUUCCUCAUGCAGUGGUACGACCCGCUGCGGAAGUUCAUGCUGCUCAAGAACAUAGAAUGUGUGCUACCAUCCCCGUUACUGGCGUUUGAGCUGAUCAUCACGCCGGAACUGGAGUACCCGCUGCUGUGUGUAGGCGUCAGCAGGAAGCCGCUCCGGCUAAACCUUAUCAACAUCAACUCCGGAGCGAGCUGGUUCCAAUCGGAAGAAUUAGAACUAGUGGCUGGAGCUUCUAACACGGUGGUGCCGCGGCCCGAGCGUCUACACACACUGAGAGCGGUGCAUCAGUUGAGCGAGGACGCUGUGCUGGUAUGCCACGAGAACGUAGUGGACAUAAUCGGCGUGCUGCCGGACCGGCCGCCCGCGCGCCGCGCCGCCCUCCCCACGAGGAUACAGUUCGACUUCCACGUCGAUAGCGUCAUUUGUCUCGCGGACUCCGUGCUGGCGUUCCACCGUCACGGCGUGCAGGGCCGCUCGCUGCGCAGCGCCGGCGCCGGCGUCACGCAGGAGAUCACCGACACGUCGCGCGUCUACCGCCUGCUGGGCCACGACAAGGUGGUAGUUCUUGAAUCACAUACGCUUCACAACAACACAAUGUCGGGAGAAGAAGGUAAUGAUCUAUACAUAUUGGCCGGACACGAAGCUUCCUAUUGAAGAGUGGGUCGAGGUAUGUUUGAGAGGUAACUAGAAGUAAAGUUGGGUCAAAACGGACCUGUAGAUCUAAAACCGAGGUAAACUCUGAAAGUUAUAAAUUGGGUCAAAAUUGACCCGUAGAAGAAGAGUAGAGAAGUAAAACUUACUAGGAUUUUUUUUGCCCCAUUGAAUACAGAGGUAAUUUAUGGUUAAAUAAACUCAACAUAAGACCUAAACCAGUGAUGACCCACCAUGAUUAUAACAUAGAAAAAUUUACUGUGUUCUCGUAAAACAAUAAUAUUAUAUUUUUAUUGUUCACUCAAAUUGUUGAAAGUGGAUAUUAAAAAUAUUAUCGAAAAAUAGCUGAAAUACUCAUACUAUUGAAGCCAAAGAUGAGGGCGAUAAAGCAAUAGAUGAAAGAAGAAAUAAAUAGGUCUCGAAGUGUCAUGAAGUGUCAUUUGAUGCGAAAUGUAAGUAAAUAUUUAAAAUAACUUUAUAGUUAGUUCUUGAGUUGUGAUCACAGAGAGGAAUUGUAUAUUGAAAUUAUUGUCGAAAGUGGUAUCAUAAAUUCGUAACUGGUAAUAUUAGGGAGUGGGUCAAAAUUGACCCAUGAAAUAUUGAUAUUCUAUUUUAACACAUAACUAUGGUUUGAGCAUGUGCAUCAAAUUUUUGGAGUGUGGGUCAAAAUAGACCCAUCUUUAAAAAACUGAACAAAAAUGGCCGAGUGAGCAGCAUAUAAAA